CAGCACAAUGGAUUAACGUUACUUCAACUUUGACAUUCUUACAGUAAUUGUUGCGAUGCUGAAGCCGUGGCCACGGCCUCCUUCCUUUGCUGCCACUACAGGAAGGGUACUGCUUCUUGUGACCAUCAUCCAAGGAUAUGUUAGCGGCCAACCAUCAUCCAAACUCUUGUGUUCGUCCGUCAAAGCAUGCAUUUCCGUCGAUGGCACGAACUGCACCACGCAAUGUCCACCAUGCAUCACUCUCGCACCCAGUGGAAUCUUUGCGUGCGUGUCGAGAGUCGGUCUUGCUUGUCCGGUCACAUCGACCUUGUCCUGUGAUGGCGUUGGAAUUUUUGCGUCCAAUUACUCGACCACCGUGCCCACAACCCAACGUGUACCUACCAACUCGCCGUCGACAAGACCCCCCCAGAGCAACAAUGUGUCGCCCACGUCGACCCCCUCGUCGUCGGAUUCUGUAUCUUCGUCCCCUUCCAUCACGAUCUACUUGGCAAUUGCCGCCGCCGUGGCUGUGCUGGCGCUGUGCGUCGUGCUGUACUGUCAGCACAAGUCUGCGCGGCAGUCCGUCUCAAGUCCACUCGAUCAUCCGAAUCCGCAGGAUAGAUUCAAACCGCCGGGGGUGUCGUCGGCGGUCACAAUUUCAACAGUCGCGUCACACGGUGGCGGCGUCAGCGGUCCGAGCAACGCCUUCUUUAGGGUCAACAACCCUCCGACGGUGGGCAACAACGAUGCAUUGGAGUCAUCGCCGUUGUCGGUCACGUCGUUCCCGACGGCGUCCUCUACUGGGUUCUCCCACAGCCUCGUUCAGCAGCACCCCAAGCACUUCGAUAACCCCUCGUCGUCGUCUCUGUCGAGCGUUUUCAGCAUCUUCCACAUGGCACUCUCUCCUGCCGCCAACCACCAGGCCAAGCGUGUCACGUCUACCGUGGUCGAACUUGCCGAGACGAUGGAAUACGAUCCAUGGGAUGACAACGAGGAUUCAAGGCAGUUGCAACAGCAGCGACUGCGGGAUAGCUCGGUGGUGAUGAUGGUCGAAGGCGACGACGAAGAGGACUUGUUCGACAAGGACGUGGAUACCAUGCGCGCCUCGAUCAUCACUGACGAUGGCGGGCGGUUUUCCGACUGCUCGUCAACGAUGUCGGAUAUAUCUGACUGGAACGAUUUCAAAAUAUAAACUCCAUCACGUAAACCUAUCGUUUCGCUUAUCUAGGAUGUUCAUCUACAACUCGGUUGGGGGGAGAUUAUGGCGCCGCAACAACAAUCGCAUGGGUUCAAUCAACUUGACUUGACUGGCGUUGGCGUGCCGUGCAAGAGCCUCGACGAUCCCUUCUAAUGUUGCUGCAUCUCGGACGAGUCCCGCCGUCGAGUUGCCGUUCGUGUCCUAGUCACAAUGAAUGGUAGUACGAAGAAUCUAAGGGCAGGACUGUCGUACGUACCCAUUGAAUCAGAGCCGCCA